AUGGAGCCGUCUCCCUUGGUUGGUUCGCUGGGGCUGGAGCUGGCCGAGUGGCUGGGGCAAACCUACCGGUGUUCUCCCUUUGAGGCAGUCGCGCCGGCGCUGCCGCCGGGCUUUCGCGCGCAACAGCGGUCGCGAUUGACUGCGGUCCCUGGCCCGGAGGAUUCGGGCGGGUUGGCGUCUUUCCGUGAAUCCACCCGCGCCGCGUGGCAGGAACUGGUCGACUCCGCACGGGCCUGGGAGGAAAUCACGUUCCUGAAACGCAUUGACCCUAAUCACGCCAACGUCGCCCGCCGGGAACUGCAACGGUUGGUGGGGCGUGGCCUGGUGCGCAAGGAGGUCAGCCUGCCCCGUCCGCGAUCCCAUCGUUAUCGUCGCCUGCUGAUCCCCGGUCAGUAUACCGAUGCCGGCGAGGAAGGCGAGUCGGCUCCGCAGACGCGAGGCACGCGCCAGGUGGAACUGCUGGCUGCCGUGCGGGAGGCCGCCGCCGGCUACGACACCACCGGAACCGCCAGCCUCCUGGGGUCGGCGGCCGACGCGCUCCUGCAGCGUGGACUGGUGGCGGAGGAAUGGCGACGGGUGGAGCCCGAGACUCCUGCGGGCGUGGCGCCGGCCAACCCACCGCCGAAGCAUCUCACGGCGGCGCAGGCCGAUGCUCUGAACAGCAUCACCGCCGCGCUGGACGACCCGAAUGUCCUGCCGCGCAGUUUUUUGCUCCACGGCGUGACUGGCAGCGGCAAGACCGAGGUGUACCUGCGGGCCAUCGCCCAUGCUGUUGGUCGGGGGAAGCAGGCCAUUUACCUGGUGCCGGAGAUCGCGUUGACGCCGCAGACGGUUGGCAUCGUGAACGACCGGUUUCCCGGUCGCGCUGCCGUCCUGCACCACCGCCUGACGGAAAGGCAACGGUUCGAGGAGUGGUGGAGGAUACGGGAUGGACAGGCCGACGUGGUGGUCGGGCCGCGCAGCGCGCUGUUCGCGCCGGCCCUGAACCCGGGCAUUGUCAUCGUGGACGAAGAGCACGAACCGGCUUACAAGCAGGACGAGCAUCCUCCCUAUUACCAUGCGCGGGACGCCGCCCUGGCCCUGGCCCGGCGUUCGGGCGCGGUGGUGGUGAUGGGUUCGGCCACGCCCGAUGUCAGCACGUACUACGAGGCGACGCGCGGGCGUCACCACCUGUUGCGGCUGCCGGAGCGCGUACCGCAUCCCGACGGACGGGCCACGCCCCUACCCGACGUAAGCGUGGUGGACAUGCGGCGGGAACUGCGCCUCACCGAGGCGCUGGACUCCACGCUGGAGGCCGGCCGGCAGGCGAUCCUAUUCCUGAACCGCCGGGGCAGCGCGGCGUUCAUGCAAUGCCGGGACUGCGGCGGCGUGAUCAAUUGCAGCCGAUGUUCCGUGGCCUAUGCCUUUCAUCGCGAGUCGGGUCGGCUGAUCUGCCACUACUGCAACCGGCAGCGGCGAUUGCCCCGGGCCUGCCCGCAGUGCCGUGGCGGCCGAAUCCGGGAGAUGGGCGCCGGAACCGAGACGGUGGCAUCCCAUUUGCAGCAACGCUAUCCCGACGUGACUAUCGAACGGUGGGAUUCGGACUCGGUCCGAAAUCCGGCGCAGCUGGAAGCGGCGAUGGGCCGGCUGUCCAGCGGUGAAGCGCGGAUCCUGGUGGGAACCCAGAUGGUGGCGCGAGGGUUGGAUCUGCCGAACGUGACGCUAUCGGCCGUGCUGCUGGCCGACCUGGGCCUGAACCUCCCGGACUUUCGUGCCGGCGAGCGGGCGUUUGCCCUGCUCUGCCAGGUGGCCGGACGGGCCGGACGGGGCGACGAGCCGGGCCGGGCGAUCAUCCAGACGUACCAGCCCGACCACUACGCCAUUGCAGCAGCGUCGGAGCAGGACUAUGCCGCGUUCUACGGGAUUGAGAUUGAAGCGCGGCGUCACCAGGGCAACCCGCCCUUCAACCGGCUGGCCCAGGUGGUUUGCUCGGACCUCAGCAUCCGCGCGGUCCAGCAGACCCUGGGAGAGCUGGUCGAGUCCUGGCGGGAGCAGGCGGUGCGUGAAGGUAGGGAUGACGUUGACAUUAUCGGGCCGACACCCUGUCUUCCCGAACGAGUGCGCGGGCGGUACCGCUGGCGAUUGUUGCUGCGGGGCCGCAGGAUCUGGCAAUUCCUGGAAGGGCGGAGUAUCCCGAGGAACUGCCGGGUUGAUGUUGACCCGGUGCGUUUGGACUGA